ACUGUGGACAUUACACCCUCUUACAGAUAUGGGAGACAUGGGAGACCCACCAAAAAAAAAACGUCUGAUUUCCCUAUGUGUUGGUUGCGGCAAUCAAAUUCACGAUCAGUAUAUUCUGAGGGUUUCUCCGGAUUUGGAAUGGCAUGCGGCGUGUUUGAAGUGUGCAGAGUGUAAUCAGUAUUUGGACGAGACCUGUACGUGCUUUGUUAGGGAUGGCAAAACCUACUGUAAAAGAGAUUAUAUCAGGUUAUACGGCAUCAAGUGCGCCAAGUGCAGCAUCGGCUUCAGCAAGAAUGACUUCGUGAUGCGCGCCCGCUCCAAGGUGUACCACAUCGAGUGCUUCCGCUGCGUGGCCUGCAGCCGCCAGCUCAUCCCCGGCGAUGAAUUCGCGCUGCGGGAGGACGGCCUCUUCUGCCGGGCGGACCACGACGUGGUGGAGAGGGCCAGCCUGGGCGCGGGGGACCCCCUCAGCCCCCUGCACCCCGCCAGACCGCUGCAGAUGGCAGCAGAACCUAUCUCUGCCAGACAGCCAGCUCUGCGACCCCACGUCCACAAGCAGCCCGAGAAGACCACCCGAGUCCGGACUGUCCUUAAUGAAAAACAGCUUCACACCUUGAGGACCUGCUACGCUGCCAACCCCAGACCUGACGCGCUCAUGAAAGAGCAACUGGUAGAAAUGACUGGCCUCAGCCCGAGGGUCAUCAGGGUUUGGUUUCAAAACAAGCGAUGCAAGGACAAAAAAAGGAGCAUUAUGAUGAAGCAACUUCAGCAACAGCAACCCAAUGACAAAACUAAUAUCCAAGGGAUGACAGGAACUCCGAUGGUGGCUGCUAGUCCUGAGAGACAUGAUGGUGGUUUACAGGCGAACCCAGUGGAGGUGCAGAGUUACCAGCCGCCUUGGAAAGUACUGAGUGACUUCGCAUUGCAGAGUGACAUAGAUCAACCUGCUUUUCAGCAACUAGUUAAUUUUUCAGAAGGAGGACCUGGUUCCAAUUCUACUGGAAGUGAAGUAGCAUCAAUGUCCUCUCAGCUCCCAGAUACACCCAACAGCAUGGUAGCCAGUCCUAUUGAGGCAUGA